AUGUGGACCGGUUCGAGAUUUUUCGUGAUAUUAAUUCUAAAUUGAAAAGGCAUUUGGAAGGGCGCAAAGAGAUGCCAAAACUUUUGUUUGUUCUCCUUGCUGCUUCUCCUUUGACCAUUGACCACCUCCGAAAAAAAUAAAAUAAAAAUUGGAAAUAAAAGCCCCAUAAUUAAACACUCAAAAACUUAGAAAAAGAAACAUAGAAAAGAAUAAUUUUGUCAGUGCAAAGCUCCAGGAAAACGUUGUUCUCUAAUUUUUUUUUUAUGAGUCUACACAAGUCGAAUACCAAAAAUUAUCUUAUAUAGCAAUUACAUUAAUAACGUGAUGGAGAAAAGAAAUAAAGUUAAAUCAAUUUUCAAUAUAACGAAAAGGAAAGUAAGUAAAUAUGAAUAUAUUCAUAUUAUAAACCAAAUAUAAUGGCAAAUAAAACAAAAUCCAUAAGAAGAAUAUAAAGAAUAAAAUAACUAAAAAUAAAUAUAUCCGUACGUAUAUAGGUAGGGAUUAUUUAGCUCUAAAAAAAAGUAAAUGAGAAAAGAGUUUACGUAAAGUGUAGUUAAAUUCUAUUCGAGAUAUAAAAUGGUGCUGGUACAAAAAGAACGUGGUGUCGGGAUUGGAAUCGGGAUAGCUAUUGGAACUAAAAUGAAAAAAUCUUUAUUUACACAACCAUAAUUUGAAUUCGUACUACAAAACUCUAUUGAUAUUUUUUAAUAACUCUCAUAUUUGAUUGAGAUAAUAACAAAUAAUAGCAUACACAAUAUAUCUUGAUUGAAUUUGAAUCAUUAUCCAUACUUAUCAUAAAAAGAAUAAUGAUAAAUUACUUCGGAAUUUUUUUUCAACUCCAAAAACAAUUACUUUAUCUUUCUUGACGUGCCCAUCAAGCCUGAUCUGGUCGGCCCCUAUUCAAAUAUUUAUCUUGGUCAAGUUCACAAAUUUUCCUGCAUCGCAAACAUAAAUUAUUUGACCUUAUCGCGCGUGCUUCAUGUUGAACGACGAACAAACGAAAUUUGAAUGGUCAAGUUGGCAAUUUCUCUCAAGAGCCUAGAUCUCUGUAUUUAGCUGAAAGUUAAAGCUACUAUGAAAUUUUGUACCUUGUAGAAUACUUCCAAUUAUUAUAAAAAAUUUAAAUUAUUACGUCAAGGUUUGGUUUAAUAUCUAAGUAUUUUAACACUCUCUUUCAUGCUUAAGUUGAACUUUGGGCUGACACUAAAGUAUGCUAAUAUAUAAUACUGGAACAAAAUAAAAGCCCGCAAAGAUGAAUUUAGAACUUGAUGUUUUAAUACCAAGUGAAAUUUUGCUGGAUUACAACUAAGUGUUCUAAAAUUCUGUUAGAAUAUUUAAGUAUUAAGUCACGUCUUCAUUUUUUGACCAAAAAAAAAGUCGUGUCUUCACUUAAAAGUUUAAAUUUUAAAACGAUAGGUUGUGCCCAAAAUUUCACAAUAAAUGAGGAAAAAACAAAUGUCCAGUUGAGUCAAGAAAAUGUUAAACUAAUCCUUUUGUCAAGACCAACAACCAAGACCCCUUGUAUUAAACAAAUUGCCAUCUAGAUCAGAUGAAGCACGAUGUCCAAAAUGGUCAAAGUUUGCUUUAUGCGUACCAGUUUCUUCAACAUUCAAUCCAUGAUCAAUCCUGAUGGAUAUAUAAAAUAUGUUCUCUCUAGCUUGAACAAUUACAUGUAGAAUCCCUUUGGAGUUUGAAAAGAGAAAUGGAGAGAAGGGUAGUGAUCAUAGGAGCAGGGAUUAGCGGCCUUCUCGCCUGCAAGUAUUUGGUCAAGAAGGGCUUCGACCCGGUGGUGUUCGAGGCUGACGACCGCAUUGGGGGAGUCUGGAAUCACACCAUUCGAUCGACCAAGCUCCAGAAUGCGAAGGAAGGUUUCCGGUUCUCGGACUUCGAUUGGCCGGCCUCUGUGCAGGAGACGUUCCCCAGCCACACUGAAGUCCUGGACUAUGUUGAGUCCUAUGCUCAGCGCUUCAAUUUAUAUCCUUACAUCAAGUUCCAUUCCAGAGUGAUUAGCAUCGAUUAUGUUGGGGAGUCAUUCGAAGAGAUGAAGACGUGGGAUUUGUGGGGCGGGACGGGGACGGCAUUCGGCUCAAAAGGGAAGUGGCACAUUACUGUCCUGGACACAGAGACUAACGCCACGAAGGUUCACCAAGCUGAAUUUGUUAUUCUCUGCAUCGGACGGUUCAGCGGGCUUCCUAACAUUCCGGAGCUCCCACCGAAUUAUUGCUCCGAAGUGUUCGAUGGUAAGGUGAUGCAUUCAAUGGAAUAUUCAGAUAUGGAGAAAUCUGCAGCUGCUGAAUUGAUCAAAGGAAAGCGAAUCACAAUCGUCGGUUCGCAAAAAUCGGCAGUGGAUUUAGCAGUCGAAUGUGCAGAAGCAAAUGGAGUCAAGCACCCUUGUGUGAUGAUCCAGAGGAAUCCUCAUUGGUUGCUACCCGGUGACGGCUUCUUAAUAUCUCACAUUGGCUACCUGUACUUCAAUCGAUUCGCCGAGCUGCUUGUUCAUAAGCCGGGGCAAAACAUCCUGUACUGGCUUCUCGCCACAGUGCUUUCACCAUUGAGAUGGGGCAUCUCGAAAUUCUCGGAAAUCUAUCUCCAGUGGAAAUGCCCAUUGAAGAAGUAUGGAUUAGUACCGAGACACAGCUUUCUCGAGGACAUGUCUUCGUGUCAAAUCGGCAUGCUGCCCGACAAGUUCUACGAUAAAGUGGAGGAGGGAAGCAUCCUAAUCAAGAGGUCGCAGAGCUUUCGCUUCUGCAAGGAAGGUCUGAUGGUCGGCGGAGAAGACAAACUGAUCUCGAGCGAUCUUGUGAUCCUUGCCACUGGAUAUAAAGGCGAUCAGAAGCUCAAGAACAUAUUCAGAUCUUCAGUCUUCCAAAAUUACCUCGUCUCUUCACCAACUUCAAUCAUUCCUCUUUACAGGCAGGUGAUUCAUCCUCGGAUUCCGCAGCUCGCAGUUAUGGGAUACACAGAGGGCCUUGCAAACCUGCCGGCCUUUGAGAUCAGAUGCCAGUGGCUCGUGCACCUUCUUGACGGGAACAUCAAGCUGCUGAGCAUCGGGGCAAUGGAAAAGGACACAGCGAGGUGGGAAAUUCACAUGAAGCGAUACGGCGGGAGGAACUUUUGGAGGUCAUGCAUUGGAACCACCAUCAUUUGGUACAAUGACCAGCUGUGCAAGGACAUGAACUGCAAUCCCAGAAGAAAGAAGGGGUUUUUGGCCGAGUGGUUCCAACCUUAUGGACCAACUGAUUAUGCACGCCUCACUGAUCAGAAACACUGAACAAAAGACAUAAUCCUUCCUAUGAUCAGUGAUGAAUUCGACAUGUUGCUUGUGAUAUUUUAUAUUACAGAAUAGGGAA